AUGCCUGCUCUUGCCGGUCGGAAUGGCUCAAAGCCCUGGAAUUUGCGAGAGGAAACCGAUAACAGCGGUCCUUGGGUCAGUGAGGUAGCAGACCCUAGAUCAAAGUCUAAGGACGCUGAUUUCGUUAUGAAAUGGUUGACAGGAAAAGAUUUGUCUGUGCAGGCGGCUCAAAAAGUGUUGGAGGUUGCGGUUGUGAGCCAAGCUCAACUACUGAACGAUUUGUUGUGGAAAUUAAAAGGAGGUACCCAUGGCUGGCCCAAUGCAACCAUCGUCACCUAUAUUUUGGAUCGAGAUGGAAAGUGGACUCUUUGUCGGCUCCAGAAGACCAUUGAUAAACAGAGAAAUUCUCAACAAGAUUGGAAGAAACGAAUUGUAGAAGCAGCCAACGAAGAGCGAAGAGAACGAGAGGAAAAAAGCAAGAAAGAGCAGGAAGAGAAAUUGGAAAAACAAAAGCGCGAGUUGCUGAAGACACAGGAUUUCAUGCUCGUGGUUGAUCGCGAAACUAAUGAAAUCGUUACAUUUGGGAGAUUCCAAGAACUACUCAAGGAGCGAUAUAAAAAAGAAUUCACAUCAACAGCGGAGCCGGUUAUAGCGAAAUCGAAGUCUGUUAAGGGGAAAAGUAAAGUGAAGCCUGUUGGGAAGAAAUCGAAGCCUGUUUCAAAGAAAGCAAAACCUAUUGAAGGGAAAAUGAAAGCGAAGGCUGUUUUGGAGCAACAAGAGCCUGGUGCUAAGAAAAGAAAACUAGGACAAUAA